AUGAAUGACUGUAGCGUGGAAUGGAACUGUGGUGCAACGAGUGGUCAAGUGUUGGCCGAUGGAACUUCAUGGGGAAGUAGAUAUGAUCAGUUGAAUGGACCAACAUAUGUGAUUGUCGACCAAGAGGACAAGAGUCUCAUCUUUUCUGAUAAACAGAAUCGACGAGUGAUGCGAUGGUCUCGUCAAAGUUGCACAAGUGAAGAAACGACGACUAUCUCGAAUAUCGCUUGCAACAGAUGGAUGGUCUUCUCGAAUAUUUGUUGCACGGGAUUAGCAAUGGACGAUCAGGCAUGUCUUUACAUCACUGACGGCGAAAAUCAUGUAGUCCGACGAUAUCAACUGGGAGAGAACAGUGAUGGAACAGUAGUGGCAGGUGGCAAUGGAGAAGAAGGUGGUCUCAAUCAACUCAAUUGUCCUAACGACAUCUUUGUCGAUCGAGAUUAUUCCGUGUAUGUGUCGGAUUGUGAAAAUAAUCGUGUCAUGAAGUGGAUGAAGGAUGCACAAGAAGGAAUUGUCGUGGCUGGAGGUCAAGGAGAAGGAGAUGAUUUGACACAAUUGAGUUUUUCUUGCGGAGUAAUGGUGGAUUCGUUGGCGGCGGUCUAUGUGGCAGAUUCUAAAAAUGAUCCGGUGAUGCGUUGGUGCAAGGGAGUGGCAAAGGGAAAUGUUAUUGCUGGUGGAAACGGCUCAGGAAAAGGGGCAAACCAGUUAUCGGAUCCCCGAAGUUUGUCAUUUGAUCGACAAGAAAAUCUCUAUGUGGCCGAUAGGUUGAAUCAUCGAGUUCAGCGAUUCAAUAUCGAACAGAGUUGA